AUGGCUGCCCUCGGCGACGACCUGCUCAGCACCGUCAACAAGCUGCAGGAUCUCGUCUUCAACACCAUCGGCAACGACUCGCUCGAUCUGCCCCAAAUUGUUGUCGUCGGAUCCCAGAGUUCCGGCAAGUCCUCGGUCCUCGAAAACAUUGUCGGUCGCGACUUUCUGCCCCGCGGCAGCGGCAUCGUUACACGGCGGCCCCUGAUCCUCCAGCUCAUCAACGUCCCCGAGGAUGACAACGCCCCGGAUCCGUCCGGCGACCCUUACCGAUCGCCCGCCGCGGCGCGCCGCUCCGAGUGGGCAGAGUUCCACCACAUUCCCAACCGCCGCUUCACCGACUUCUCCGACGUCAAGCGGGAGAUUGAGAACGAGACGGCACGCGUUGCCGGCAACAACAAGGGCAUCAACCGCCAGCCCAUCAACCUCAAGAUCUACUCUCCCUUUGUCUUGAACCUGACCCUGGUCGAUCUCCCAGGCUUGACAAAGGUCCCCAUCGGCGACCAGCCCACCGAUAUCGAAAAGCAGACGCGAAAUCUCAUCUCUGAAUAUAUUGCCAAGCCCAACAGUCUGAUCCUUGCCGUCUCGCCCGCAAACGUCGACAUUGUCAACUCAGAGGCCCUCAAGCUUGCCCGCCAUGUCGACCCGCUCGGCAGGCGCACCAUCGGUGUCCUGACCAAGCUCGACCUCAUGGACCAUGGCACCAACGCCCUCGACAUCCUCUCCGGCCGGGUGUAUCCUCUCAAGCUGGGCUUCAUCGGUGUCGUCAACCGGUCGCAGCAGGAUAUCCAGGGUAAUAAGCCCAUGGAGGAGGCCCUGCAGGCCGAGGUCGACUUUUUCAAGCAUCAUCCUGCGUAUAGAAACAUCUCCACUCGUUGCGGUACCCAGUUCUUGGCAAAGACGCUCAACACAACCCUCAUGUCCCACAUCAGGGACCGCCUUCCCGAUAUCAAGGCUCGGUUGAACACGCUGAUGGGCCAGACUCAACAAGAGCUCGCCAGCUAUGGCGACAUGCACUUCAGCGGCAAGGAGCACCGUGGCUCCCUCAUUCUGCAGCAAAUGACCCGGUUUGCAACCUCCUUCAUCUCUUCCAUUGACGGUACCUCGGCCGAAAUCUCCACCAAGGAGCUUUGCGGUGGUGCCCGCAUCUAUUACAUCUUCAACUCUGUCUUUGGUAGCUCUCUCGAAUCCAUUGACCCCACCUCCAACCUGACGGCGCUCGACAUCCGCACGGCUAUCCGCAACUCGACGGGUCCCCGACCAAGUCUCUUUGUCCCUGAGAUGGCGUUCGACCUUCUUGUCAAGCCUCAGAUCAAGCUCCUCGAGAUCCCCAGCCAGCGCUGCGUCGAGCUCGUGUACGAGGAGCUCAUCAAGAUUUGCCACACCUGCGGGUCCACAGAGCUCUCCAGGUUUCCCAGGCUACAAGCCAGGCUCAUCGAGACGGUAUCGGAUCUGUUGCGGGAGAGGCUGGGCCCGUGCUCCUCGUAUGUGGAGUCUCUGAUCUCCAUUCAGCGCGCCUACAUCAACACCAACCAUCCCAACUUCCUGGGCGCUGCUGCUGCCAUGAGCAACGUCGUAAGCGCUAAGCAGGAGCGGGAGCGCAAGAGACUGAUUCAGGAGGAGCGCGAGCGCCGCGAGAAGCGACGUCUUAAGGAGCUUGGCCCGAACGGUGUUGAGCCAACUGAAGACGGCGAGGACGGCGUUGUCGCGGAGAAGAAUGAUGUUAGUGGGCGCAAGCAUGGUGGAAAGUCUGCCCGCAGCUUGUCACCGGCGGUGAACGAGAACGCUCAUGGCAGCAUAGCUGCUGCCCUGAACGGUGUUCGCUCACAGUCUCCGUCUCGGCUCAAUGGCCAGCAAGGCCUGGGUGGAGCACGAGACACGUUCCUCAACUACUUCUUCGGAAAGGAGGGCAUUUCUCCUGCUGCUCUGCCCUCACCCCAGCCGAUGGGAAGCCACCGGCACGUCAGCCACAACUCAGAGACCGGCUUUCCCCAGACUGUGCGCAGGGAAGAGAGGCUCGCGAUGCGCCCACCGCCGUCGCGAGACGACGAGUACGAUCCUACAGGACGGAGUUACGGACUGGCAUCACACCUGGGAGAGUCCAAUGAACCCGCCAUGACGGACCGCGAGGCCAUGGAGACGGAGCUCAUCCGAGCCCUCAUCUCAUCAUACUUCAACAUCGUCCGCGAGUCCAUCGCCGACCAGGUCCCCAAGGCCGUGAUGCACCUGCUCGUCAACCACUCCAAGGACGUGGUCCAGAACCGACUCGUCAGCGAGCUGUACAAGGAGGCCCUGUUCGAAGAGCUACUGUACGAAGAUGACGGAGUCAAGAAGGAGCGCGAGAAGUGCGAGAGACUCCUGCAGACGUACCGCGAGGCCGCCAAGAUCAUCGGUGAGGUCUUAUAA